AUGCCGAAGAGGCUGCGGCCCCGAUCCGCGGCCCCUGCUAUCCGUCGGGGCCCCAGCCCUAUUGAGAUCCCAGCUCCACUAUCCUUGAGGCCCCCUCGCCGGAGCCGUUCUCUUCCCCUUAGCGUCAAGACUUGGGUAAACAUCUCUCCCCUGCAAGACCCUGGAGAAGGAUACUCUCCUCGCAUCGGAUCAGGGCAGGCGCUUCAAGAAUCGCUGCGGGACACAGCCACCACAUCCAUGUCAUCAGGAAGUGAAGCUUACUCGGAUCAGCAGCAGAAGGCCAGUGGAGCACACGAGGCCGUGCUGGAACAUGUGGCCGCCCAGAACAUCAUGCUAGCAGAGGCGGCUCUAACGCACUUCAACGCAGAGAACCCAGAAGAAGAGUACAUGCUCGUUACCGAUGAUGGUACAAAGGCGCCAAUAUCUAGGGUCUUUGUUCACGAUGGACCCUGGUUCCACUGCAACUUCAGUGCACGGGCUAAGAACGACAACGGCGGCAACAGAGUGGUGCAGUUCUACGCCGAGAUCUUUUAUGCCGAGACGCCUCGUGUGAUGAGGUGCUGCGUCCUGACCAAUGUAGCAGAGUCAUAUCCGGACCGCACUUGUGGAUUUUGUGGAGGUAAUGCGAAAAGAGAUGGAAUACUUCACCCUCCUGAUGUUCUGGGUUACAAGAACUGGUUAGGUUUAGCCAAUGGUGUGGACAGCUUCGCGAGGCAUGUGCAUAAAAAGCCGGACCAUAGUCGACGCAGACCUAUGCUCGAACAGUUCCAAGAGGUGCGAAUAUAA